AUGGAUUACUGGAACUACUACAUCAACAACAUCCUGGCUGACAGGAACAUUGAUGAUGUGGCUAUCGUGGGCUUCUGUGACAACAAGUGCGUGUGGGCGGCCAAACCAGGAGGGCUCCUUGCAGCCAUCUCACCUCAAGAAGUGGACUUGAUCACAGGCCAGGAUCAGAAAAUGUUCUUGCUAACAGGAAUCACUGUAGCUGGGAAGAAGUGCAGUGUGAUUUGUGAUAACCUGCUGGUGGAUAAAGACAAUGUGAUGGAUGUCAGAAUCAAAGGCAACAACAGCAGAUUUGUUUGUAUUGGCAAGAGCUCCUCUGCCCUGGUCUUCCUCAUGGGCAAGAAGGGAGUCCACAGAGGAGCCCUCAACCAGAAGGUCCACAAUAUGAUUGAUAACAUGAAAGUAUGA